AGCGGAUCGUUUUUAGGGGGCUUACGCCACUAUAUCGGUGUCGCCACUGGACGGUAAACAUAAGUAUAAGCGAGCAUCGGCUGACUAGUCUCCGUUGCAGCCCUGUUGUACAGUGUUUCAUUGGGGCUUAGCUUGCUCGCGAAAAGUUGAACUGAAUACGGCGUGUUAGUGACACGUGCAGGACUCAAAGUACAUAUACCUAAUAAUUCGCCUUCCGGACCCGAGGCCUAAAAGAAUCAGUUCGCAUUAUUAUCGACCUCUUUGUCUUCGCGGGUUUUGUUUUGUUUUUCACUGCUUCGCUCUGCAUUAUUGACAGCUUCCUAUACUUGCUCAUCAUGGCCUCUGCGCGCACAAUCUUGAUCACAGGCUGCUCAGACGGGAGUCUGGGCUCUGCCCUCGCCCAGGCAUUUCACAAAGCGGGAUGGCGAGUCUUCGCAUCCGCUCGCAGCAUUGAGAAACUCAAGAAAUGUGAGGAAGCCGGCAUUGAAACGGUGCAGCUGGAUACGCUUUCCGACGAAUCAAUUGCUAGCUGUGUCGCCAAGGUCAAGGAGCUCACAGGCGGCUCCCUGGACGGCCUACUCAACAAUGCUGGCGCCGGGUACAACAUGCCACUUCUAGACGUCGAUAUCGCGAAGGCGCGGCAGCUAUUCGAUCUCAACGUCUGGUCCCUGAUAAACGUAACACGCGCCUUCUUUCCACUGUUGAUGAAGUCGACCCGCGGCGCCAUAGUCGUGAACAAUACUGCCUGCGCCUCAGUGACCGCUGGCUCAACGCCCUUCUCGGGCGCAUACAACGCUUCCAAGGCGGCCGCGGCUAGUCUUACAGAAACUUUGCGCCUCGAGCUAGAACCCUUCAAUAUCAAGGUUAUCAACCUAAUGACGGGUGGCGUAAGGUCAACAUUCCACAGCAAUGCCCCAGACGCUAAGCUCCCACCCACAUCAUUGUACAACGUGGCAAAAGAGCCUGUCGAACGAACCAUGUCAGGCGCGGACGCCGUCAACGGGAGCGACCCGACGCAAUGGGCCGAUGAAGUCGCGAAAGAGCUCAGCAAGCGUAACCCGCCGUAUUGGGUGUGGAAGGGCAAGUUCUCUACGAUCGUACGACUAGCUUCGCAUUUGCCGGUUGGAAUGCUGGAUGGGACUAUGAAGGGCUUGGUUGGCUUGGAUGUGGUGGAGCAGAAAAUCAAAGAGCAGGGAGGGCCGAGCAAGGUAGAGCUUCCUUCGUCGAAAUAGCGAUGAGUAGCAGGGUAACAGGAAUAAUGAAAAUAGAGCUGUCAGGAUAAACAGAGUUAGCAGCGAGUAUACACAUACUCCAUCUUUCUACCUUAAUAAUAUACCUAUCACGAAGACUAUGUCUCACCCUCUUUAA